GUGUAGAAAUUCAUCCAAAUAAUUUAUUUCAUUUCAAAUUUGUUCCACUAUUCUAUCUUUCUUGAUCACUCCCAUAUAACGUAAGAUGAAAUUUGAGGUCAAAAAUUGAAACCCAGCAUCCAAACCUAAUCUCCGAGUAAUAGAGAAGCUGUGGUUCACUCACCUUUCCCUUUCAUUAUCCAUUGUAUUUAAAUUUACAUGCAUGCAUUUCUCUCUCUAGAACUGUCUUCCCACCUUUCUCAAUAUAAAGGCGCCCAAAUCCGACCCCCAUUGAGCAAUGUCGACUGUCAACGGCUGCCUCGCCUCCCAAAUCUUCACCACCACCGCCUCCUCCCGCUCUAGAGUUGCCCUCCGCCCCGUUGUCACCGCCCGCCUCAACUCCUCUCCGCCCAGCCUCAUCCGUAACCAGCCCGUCUUCGCAGCUCCGGCUCCGAUCAUCCACCCACUCUUGAAAGAAGACAUGGGAAAGGACUCGUACGAAGAAGCCAUUGCUGGACUCCAGAAGCUUCUGAGUGAGAAUGGAGGGCUAGGACCGGUGGCGGCGGCGAAAAUCGAGGAGAUCACGGCGGAGCUUAAAACAGCUGACGGCAGCGCCAGCAUCUCAUCGGAGUCAGUUGAGAGGCUGAAAACUGGCUUCGUCACCUUCAAAAAAGAGAAAUACGAGAAAAAUCCAGCUCUGUACGGUGAACUCGCCAAAGGCCAGAGCCCCACGUACAUGGUUUUCGCAUGUUCAGACUCGCGCGUGUGCCCCUCGCACGUGCUAGACCUUCAACCAGGUGAAGCAUUCGUCGUCCGUAACGUCGCUAACCUGGUCCCACCAUUCGACCAGACCAAAUACGCUGGAGUGGGGGCUGCUGUUGAGUAUGCCGUUCUGCAUCUGAAGGUGAAGGAGAUUGUUGUGAUUGGGCACAGUGCGUGUGGAGGGAUCAAGGGAGUCAUGUCCUUCCCAUAUGAUGGAUCCUCUUCCACUGACUUCAUCGAGGACUGGGUGAAGAUUGCAUUACCUGCGAAGAACAAGACGCUGGCUGACUGCGGCAAAGACGCACCAUUCGGCGAGCUAUGCACCACAUGUGAAAAGGAGGCGGUGAACGUGUCGCUGGGAAACCUCCUCUCCUACCCAUUUGUGAGGGAAGGAUUGGUGAAGAAGACUCUUUCAUUGAAGGGUGGCUACUACGAUUUUGUCAAGGGAAGUUUCGAGCUGUGGGGGCUUGAGUUCAACCUAUCGCCAUCUCUCUCUGUAAAAGAUGUGGCCACAAUUAUGCACUGGAAGCUCUUUUAGGAAAAUUGGUAUGAAGCCAAUCUGCAGAGUGAUGGGGUUUCUGUGUAUCCAUAAUCUGCCAGUAAUAAUAAUUACUUUUGUGGAAAGAAAA